AAGCACAGAAGCCACGAGCUCUUUGAAAAUAUGCAAUUAGGCGAAGACUAGAAGGGCGCGAAUCGUGCAGACGGGUGUUUUCCCGCCCUGUUUCGCCAUGGCACAGCAGCCGCGUAGACGCAUCGCUCCUAUACCAGUUGCGCCUCAAGUAACAACUGCAUCCGCCUUUCAGCCCUCAUCGGCAACGCAGUCCUCUGUGCUCCAACCAGCCCAACUCGAAUACAGCAAUGCCCCAUCCACUCUGCCGGGUCGUCGCAUGAAAUUCUCUCUUGGCGAAAGUAUUGAGGUCGACUACAGAGAUCUACUGAAGAAGAAUGGCGUGGACCCCAAGGCGCUGAACGCGAAGAAAAAGGCAGCGGCAGCAGACCCAAAACCCGGCCCUGCUCGUGACGGCCUUCCGCCGCUGCCGGGGUUCCCCCGGAUGGGCCCCACCAGCCCCGGCGCAGUGGGCGGCGGCAAGAGCAUGUUCGGCAGCGUGGUGGACCGAUUGGAGCGAAUAUACUCCUCGGCGGCUGCGGACGAUGAGGAGGACGAGGACGAGGACGAGGGCAGCCAGGAGGACGAGGGCGAUGAGGAGGACGACUCGGAGGCUAGUGCGUCGGACAGCAGCGAGGCAGAGGACGACGCGGAGGGGGGC